UACACUAUUGUGCUUCAAUAUCUCUACUAUGGACAAUCAACGCUGAUUCCCGGGUGUGCAUUGGAUCUGGGGAGGCGGGAUCUCCUUCGUUUACGAGUGGUUGACAUCUAUCGAGCAUUCUCAGAGCAUUCGUCUUGUCCUUCGAUUGUCCAGUGUUUCUAUCUUUCAGACAACGGGAUCUUCCUCGAAUAUAUGAGAGACAAGUCACUCUCUUCUAGGAUACAAAACAACCAUAUUCGGAACCAGGAAACUAUGGUUGUCACCAAAGUGGAAAAGAUAGAACCUCUUUCCCUCCGGUUAGAAUGGAUGAAGGACCUGGCUCAGGGGGUUGCAUUCUUGGAAUCCCUCAACUUCGCUCAUGGUGACCUACGUCCUGAAAAUAUCCUCCUUGAUCGGAAUUGA